GAGCCUUUUCCAUAUUUAGGCCCGACACCCUCUCUCCACUCCUCCGACGAAGCUGGGCCUGAUAUGAUCUAAUACUACUGACCAUCAUGAUUUCUCCUCGUCUGAUCAUUCAUUCCUGAGCACGGGCCGUCUCCUCCGUUCCGCCGCCGCGUCUCCACCACCACUGUAUGUUGUAGUGGAGCAGAUCUGAUGAGACGUACUCGUGCGAAGAGAAUCGGCAGCCUUAGACAUAAAGUUUGGCAUUCUCGUCAUUCCUGAGGUAAAGCUUAGACCAAUGGAUGAAAAUGGAGGAAGCAGGGUGAUAGGCAUCAGGCAAAUUGUUAGGCUUAAAGGGCUUCUUCAGAAAUGGCAACAUGUCACACUCGGCCCCAAGGCCCCUCGAUCUGGCCGAGCCUGUGGAGGUAUUUCACCUGCAGUUAGUAGGCGGCUGAGAAGUUCAAAUGUCUACUGCGAUUCAGAUGAGGAUAGUUGCCAGAGCCCUGAGCCACCACAUGAUGUCCCCAGAGGUUACCUUGCUGUAUAUGUCGGCCCAGAGCUUCGGAGGUUCAUCAUCCCAACCAGCUACCUUACUGAUCCACUUUUCAAGGUGCUCCUAGAAAAGGUUGAAGAGGAGUUUGGAUUCGAUCAAAGUGGGGGGCUCACAAUCCCAUGUGAAACUGAGACCUUCAAGUAUCUAAUCCAGUGCAUUGAAAAUCACCAGAAAGAGCAAGCUGACAGCAAUGCAGGUUAAAAUCGCCUUCCCCUUUUCUCAAUUUUCUUGCAAUAUCUGCUCUCUUUAAAGGCAUAAUAUGUGCAUAUGUAGUAGCCAACAGAUCAUUUGAUAAUUGUAAUGGAAAUUGUUACCCUGCUGUGAUCUUCGCAAUGACUGAAAGUUGGAAAUGAAAAGGCUCUUAUUUUCACAUUCCUGAU